GAUAGGUUCUGAGACUCAAUUUGCCAAUGUCAUGUACAAUAAUUGUCAAUUUCCUCUUUAACUUUGAUUCUCCACCACUAGCUCACCAACCCACCUAAAACAAACUAUUCAACAUCAAUUCUACGUAUCACAUUCAUACAUACUAUAUGCAUAAACCUUAAAUAUAUCAUACAAACCUCAUUAAUCUCUCAAAAAAAACCCAAAAAUGGCACAAAAAAUGUUAAAAAUUUCCUAUAAUCUCCUCAUAAUCUCCAUAAUUAUCCUUACAUCUACACCCAAAUCACAAGCCAUUUUUGCAAGAACAACCACAAAAGCCCAACAACAACCCCAAAACCUAACCCAUAUCCAAUUCUACUUCCAUGACUAUGUCUCAGGCCCAAACCCAACAGCUAUAAGGAUUGCCCAAGCUAAAUCGACCGACCAAUCGUCGAGCUCGUUCGGGGCGCUGGUCAUGAUCGACGAUCCAUUGACGGAAGGUCCGGGGAAUGACUCAAAGAUCAUAGGUUAUGCCCAAGGAAUGUAUGCAUUUGCUGAUCAACAACAAUUUGCACUUAUGAUGACUAUGAAUUUGGUGUUUAUAGAAGGGGAUUAUAAUGGAAGUAGUUUGAGUGUUAUGGGAAGGAAUCCUGUUAUGGAAAGUGUUAGGGAAUUUGGGGUUAUCGGUGGGAGUGGUGUGUUUAGAUUUGCUAGUGGGUAUGCUCAAGCUAAGACUAUUACUAUGAUGGAUCCUAAUGGGGCUACUAUUGUUGAGUAUAAUGUUUAUGUUUCUCAUUAAUUUUUGUUUUAUUAUAAUUUAUAAAUGAUGUUUAUUUAGCAUUUAGUUUUGUUUGAUUUGAUGAAGAUUUCAUUGUUUUGUUUGAAGUGUUUAUGGUUGUUGGUUAGGUAAGUAUACUUUGAUUUGGUAGAAUUAUUUGGUUAUUUCUAUAUUUCUACUCCAUUAAGUAAUUAUCGGCUCUGAUACUAAUUUAGUUUAGUAGUUGUGUAUUUUUUCUUUUAUUUUUAUAAUAAAGAUUUAAUUUUCAACACUCAAAAGGAAGAUCGUUUUAUACCCCUCAUUUCAACUGAUAAAUAUAACGUUAUGUGCUACAUCUAUAUUUCUUGUCUAAAGGGUUCUCAUAAAAAUGUGAGAGAGUAUGAUAAAUGUGUAAUAUAUUGUGAGGCUUUAACUAUCACUUUAAGCUUUUCAUAAAUUAUGAGUACAUAUUGAUAUUUAAUUAAGAACACAUGUUUAACAAACUACACAUCCUCUCUUAAGAGACCGUCUUUUGUAAAGACGAACCCAUAUCUCUCUUUUAAAUUUCUUUUUUUUCAAAAAAAAAAAACCUGCUAAUUUCUUCUUCUUCAAAAAAAAAAACUAUUGGUUUCUUCCCACGCGUGCAUGUUAUGUUUAGGAAUAUGAAAAGUCUAAUUA